AAAAGGAAAUGAUACAAUUUAUUGUAAUAUCCAAAAUCAUUUAAAUUCUACCUUGAGUAUUGACGUAUUAGGGCAAAACAAUUACAUUCAGGACACGGGUUAUCAGAAAAAAGAGGUUCAUGUCAGUUGUUUUAACUUCGAAGCCGGAUUUCAAAGCGAAUAAAACCUUGGUUGAGAGUAAGUAUUGGGAUCCCUGUCCUUGGCAUCACACAAACACACACAAACACACACAGAGUUACGACCAGUUUAAAUUCUGUUCUUCUUAUUUCGUUAUUCUUCCCUCUUUCCUUUCUCGCAUUUUUAAACAUUUUCAACAUAAUCUAUACUAAACGAUCGAUAAACCAAAUGGAAAAAGAAAAAAAAACAUCUUAAGCAACAUGUGGGAAGAGAAGAGAAGUUGUGGUGGUUUUUGUUAUAAGAGAGUCUUGUUGCAUAUAUAAAUUCUUUCGCAAAGUGUUUGCAUGAACGAAUAUUAUUUUUGACGUUGAAACACUCGGUUUUAUGUUGGUCAUCCAAUCCAAGAUGAAAGUAACAUUUUUGACGUGUUUAUUGUGUUGCUUGUCUCUUCGUAAAAGUUUAGGUCAAUCAACGAAUAAUAUACUUCUUGGUUAUCAGGAUAGUUUUGGUCAGUAUAGUUUUGGUUAUAGUACUCUCAAUUCAGCAAGAUCAGAAGUUAAAACUGUAGACGGUACAAUACGUGGUACAUACAGUUAUAUUGAUGAUAAGGGAAUGAUUCAAAGUACCGAAUACAUUGCUGAUGACAAUGGUUUUCGUGUUGUUGCUACUAAUCUUCCACAGGCUCCACUUCCGGUCCAGGAUACUCCCGAAGUCAUAGCUGCUCGAAAAGAUCAUUUAAAUGCAUUUUUAAUUGCUCAACAAAUGGCUGAAAAUGAUCAAGAUAAAAAUGUUUAUGACAAUUUAGAAAGUGUCAUUGUCGAUAAGGAAGGAAUCAUUUUGACGAAAGAUAAUCAGGAAAUUAAUACGAAAGAAACUGAAAACGUUUUGUCAUCGAUUGAUAAUAAUAAUGCAACAAAGAUAAAUCCACUUCCUGUUCCGGUGUUUAAAAUUUCAUUUGGAAAUCAAAUACUCGAACCAACGGAUAAAACUAUACCCCCCGCUAAUAAGGACGAUCAAAAAAGUUAAAGAUGGAACUGGCCCAGGAAUCACAAAUUUCAUCGAAAUUAAUCGAGAAAAAAGUUGAACGUAAAAAUUGAGAAGAAUAAUACUACGAGCAACAACAGCAAUAAAUUAACGCAAUUUUGUUUACAUCUUUCGUAACAAUUUUCAUUGGAUUGUUCAUUUUCUUCAUUCAUUUUUAUCUUUUCAAUUAAUAUUUUGUAUACUUGAAGAUUAUGAUGAAAUACGAUUGUGAAAUAAUCUAUGAUACACACUAUAUUAAUGUGUUAUGAUACAAAAUAAUAAUA